AUGAGGAAGGAUAAUCAAAGCAGUGUGUCUGAAUUCGUCCUCUUGGGGCUCCCUAUCAGGAAGGAGGAGCAAGUCGUGUACUAUGCACUGUUGCUGAUCCUGUACCUGAGCACAGUGCUGGGGAACCUGCUCAUCAUCCUGCUCAUCAGGCUGGACUCCCGCCUCCACACCCCCAUGUACUUCUUCCUCAGCCACUUGGCUCUCAAUGACAUCUCUUUCUCAUCAGUCACAGCUCCAAAGAUGCUCAUGAAUAUGCUGACUCAUAGUCAAUCCAUCUCUUAUGCUGGGUGCAUUUCACAGGAAUUCUUUUUCUUAUUAUUUGGUGGUGGUGAGAGCCUCCUUCUCACUUCAAUGGCCUAUGACAGGUAUGUGGCCAUCUGUCAUCCCCUUCACUACAACAUCAUCAUGAGUCAGAACCUCUGUUUUCUGCUAAUAAUUGUGUCCUGGGUCUUGUCCUCUGCCAGUGCUCUUGUGCACACUCUCCUCCUAACAAGGAUCAUGAGGAAUGAUAAUCAGAGCAGUGUGUCUGAAUUCAUCCUCUUGGGGCUCCCUAUCAGGAAGGAAGAGCAAGGCAUGUACUAUGUGCUGUUCCUGGUCCUGUACCUGACCACAGUACUGGGGAACCUGCUCAUCAUCCUGCUCAUCAGGCUGGACUCCUGCCUCCACACCCCCAUGUACUUUUUCCUCAGCCACUUGGCUCUCUCUGACAUUUCUUUCUCAUCAGUCACAGCUCCAAAGAUGCUCAUGAAUAUGCUGACUCAUAGUCAAUCCAUCUCUUAUGCAGGGUGCAUUUCACAGGAAUUCUUUUUCUUCUUAUUUGGUGGUGUUGAUAGCUUCCUUCUCACUUCAAUGGCUUAUGACAGGUAUGUGGCCAUCUGUCAUCCCCUCCACUACAACGUCAUCAUGAGUCAUAUCCUCUGUGUCCUGCUAGUAAUUUUGUCCUGGGUCCUAUCCUCUGCUGCUUCCCUUGUCCACACUCUCCUUCUCGCCUGUCUUUCUUUCUCUAGAGAGAACACUCUCCAUCACUUUUUCUGUGAGCUCCCUUCCUUACUUAAGUUGUCCAACUCAGACACCACCAUCAAUGACCUGGUCAUUCUCAUUGUUGGAUCAAUGGUUGUUACUCUGCCAUUCAUGUGCAUUCUGGUAUCUUACGGCUGCAUAGGGGCCACCAUCCUGAAAGCUCCAUCCAUUACUGGAAUCUGGAAAGCCUUGUCCACAUGUGGUUCUCAUCUCGCUGUAGUCACUCUCUACUAUGGAGCAAUUAUUGGGAUCUUCUUUUUUCCCUCCUCCAAUAACACUAAUGACAAAAAUAUCAUUGUCACUGUGUUGUACAAUGUGGUCACACCCAUGCUGAAUCCCUUUAUCUACAGUCUGAGGAAUCGGGAUAUGAAAGGAGCUCUCAGAAAUCUGCUCAAUAGAAGAAGUUUGUCAGUGUGA